GGCGCAGGCUUCCGUACCCGUCGUAGUGGCAGGAUGGCUAGCUGGUUGUGGCCACUCUGUGUUCGAGGGCCUCGUCUUCAACGAAUCCACCGCCCACCGGAUCAAUCUCGACCCGAGGUCCGGGGGAGAAGGGGAUGUAACUACCAACCCAGGGUUCUGGAGAAACACACCGACAGCAUCAUCGGCUGGGCUUCAGCUCUGUUGUCCAUAUCCUACUACAGCUCCCCUCUGCUCCUCUGCUACCUGUACAAGAAAGGUUACAUCUGCAGCAGUAAGGUGGUCCCAGUGAGUCAGUAUUUGGGAACCGUGGCGGUGUGUCUCCUAGGAGUGGCCUGUCUAAGAGGGUUGGGGAGAUGGAAGAACUCGGAGUAUGUUCAGUUUAUCUCUAUUCUCAAAGAAACAAAACAAAAUCACACUCAAACAAAUAAGAAAAAGCUGAGGUGUUACGACUUUGACUUCUCACACUGGCCUUCGGAUUUCAGCUGGACAGAAGUCAGCAAUCCGAAACUGUCCAAAGCUGGUGUUUCUCUGCUGAAGCCCGAGCCCAGAUUAAGAGGAGCAGCAGACAGUUUCUUCAACUCCGUGCGCACUCUACCAUGUCACAUCAUCAGUUAUCUUAUUGUUCACUCAUUCGGGAGGAGGAUGCUGUACCCUGGCUCUGUGGGUUUACUGCAGAGAGCCAUGAGACCCAUGCUCCAGCAAGGCCAGGCUAAGCUGGUCGAAGAGUUUGAUGGCCAAAGGAACAAGCUUGUGGCUUGUGAUGGGAAUGAGAUCGACACAAUGUUUGUGGACCGAAGGAGAGAAGGGGAACCAAACAGCCAAACUCUGGUCAUCUGCUGUGAGGGGAACGCUGGCUUCUAUGAGGUGGGCUGCAUGAACACUCCACUGGAGGGUGGAUACUCAGUGCUGGGCUGGAACCACCCCGGCUUUGGAGGCAGUACGGGAGUACCAUUACCCCAGAAUGAGGCCAAUGCCAUGGAUGUCGUGAUCCAGUUUGCGACACAUGAACUGGGCUUCCAGCUCAACGACAUAGUCAUAUAUGCCUGGUCCAUAGGAGGAUUUGCAGCCACCUGGGGCGUGAUGUCAUACCCAGAGAUCCAAUCAAUAGUGUUGGACGCCACGUUCGAUGACCUCCUGCCGCUGGCCCUCAAGGUCAUGCCCAACAGCUGGAGACCGCUGGUGCAGCACACAGUCAGGCAGUACAUGAACCUGAACAACGCAGACCAGCUUCUUAAAUACCAGGGACCAGUCCUGCUGAUCCGGAGAACUAGAGAUGAGAUCAUCACCACAACGGGUCCAGAGGACGUCAUGUCCAACAGAGGCAACGACCUCCUGCUCAAACUGCUACAGUCCAGGUACCCUAAAAUAAUGACGGAGGAAGGGAUCAGAGCUGUCAGACAUUGGCUGGGAGCCUCCAAUACCAUAGAGGAAGCAACUGUGUACAGUGGUUACCAAGUGGACGACGACUGGUGUGUGUCUGUGCUGCAGUCGUACAAGGCCGACGGAGAUGCUUUGUUUCCAUGGAGUGUUGGUGAGGAUAUGACUCUGGAGGGAAGGCGGCAGCUGGCUCUUUUCUUGGCACGGAAGCAUAUGCGAAACUUUGAGACAACACACUGCACUCCUCUCCCCGCCUCCGAGUUCCACUCACCCUGGAGACUGUAAAGAAAAGAGCUGGAUGGAUGAGAGGGAAAGAACAGUAUAGGAUUUGGACGGCCCGCGGUCAGCGCGUGUUCCUGGCAUGUUGUGAAUGUAUUAGUGAUUUCUCCUCCCUGCAAGACAGAUUUAUUGUCAUAUAUUGCUUCUGUGGUGGCUUCUGAAAAGAUCUGGUCUAAUCUUACCCGGCCAAGAACGUAUAAAAUAUGGUUCAUCUUUUCUUUUUAAGGUUAGUGUUUAGUCAUUUUUUUAAGUGUUAGUCUCCUCAAAAAGAAAGGGAUGCAUUUGAAGUAAGUGCACAAGCCAUCACUCGCUCCUUCCAUUGUUCUCUCUUGGCUGUAUUUGUAAAGAAAUACCUGGGAAUAAACAUAUACACAACCACAAUGUAAUAGAAAUAAUGAAGUUUAAUCUUUAAAAAUGCAGCCAGACAGUUUUAUGCUUUUCAGGUUUUAUUUUAUUUUCUGUGGCCACUAUCUUUCUGAACAGAGCUAUGCUCAAACAUGUUCUAUUAAAUAAGCGAAAUAAAAUGUUUGACAUAA